CAUCACGCUGGCUUGUUGUCUAGCGUUAGCGGUAGUCUUUAAAAGCAUGGAGCCGACACGGCCAGGCGAGUAAGCUCUGCCUGUUCCACGCAGUUCUGCAUCAGCAUUGGUUCUGCUGCUAUUGCUUGUCCGUUGAGGCAGCGUUCGGCAUUCCCACGGUUCCCUUUGGAGCUUCUCGCACUGUUUUCAGAGUGUUUCACUUGGUGACCUGCGUUCCUGCAGUAGCCCUCGGUUUCAUCUGUGCUCCGCAUCUACGCGCUUACUACUUGCAUCCUUUGCAGUGGUUUAUCCAGUCUUCUUCCUCCCUCCGCGUUCUGGUCCACAUUCGCGACAUUUGCCUCCGAGAUCAGCUGGGUAUUCGGCCCCGGUGCAUGUAAAUAUCAGGCUUUGGGCCGCCGGGUACUGUCAUUUCCCCUCCACUGGGCCUACAACGAGCAGCGCCUCUGCAUCGUCGGGCUCUGCUCCGGCUGCUGUUCUGCUUUUAUUGAAUUUCUUUCAUUUAUAGGAUAUUCUCACGCUGUUGCUUGUCUCGUAUCACGGCGGCACCGCACUGAGAGGGGCCGCGCACCGCAAUAGCAUACGGCAGCGUGUGUGGGCCCACUGCAGCCAGUGUGUGCUGGAGUGUGUGUGUGUUGGUGUGUGUGUCGGUGUGUGUGCGUCCUUGCGAGUUUUGUGUGGGGGCGCGUGUGCGUGAGUGUGUGUGGGGUGGUAAGUGGGUAUUACCCACUCACUAUUGAGUAUAUUGUUUUGUGUUCUGGUUUAUUUUAUUUUAUCGUUUUGUGUUUUGAUUUAUUCUGUUAAUUUAUCGUUUGUGAUUUCUGUACAUAUCCUGUGGGCAUUGGUCAAGUUCACAGGGCCUGUGUGGGCCUCACAUUUUGUCCCUCACGACUUGUUGUGUUGGUUAAGGCGCUUUGCUGUGCCCCUCGGGGGUGCGAUAUUUGCUGUGUGUGUAUAGCUUGCUGUGCGUGUGUGCUAUCACUGUGGUUUGUGAGUUACCUUACUACUAGCCCUGUGGGCUCAGCCAUUGCCUGUGGUCACUGUACCGUGUUAAUUGUAAUUUCUUUUCUUUUCUUUGGCAGGACCAGGGACGACCAGCAGGGGGGCCAAGCCGUUGGUGUUCCUACUAAAGCAGGGACAUCGAUCUUCAAAAAACUCCUGAAGACCCAGCUCUUCAGAGAACAUCUCUCAUAGCACUACUGACAACUAGCCUUGCUAAUUCUAGCACUUACCACCUGACUAGAAUUGACACUUGACUUGACACCUCACACACACAUAUACUUAGGGUCUCAGUUGGGGCAACUGUGGUAAAACUGUGUGUGUGUGUGUGUGUUACUGAGUGCCUCUGGUAGGGAGGGACUUGUGGGGAAAAAGAAACUUAGUCUCCAUGUGAAAACACACACACACACACGCACAGGUUUCAUGCACAGCUGACGUACACACUAGCUUUGAGAUCUCUUAGAACAUCUAUCACACACAUCCGCUUCCUCUGACCUAGCUGCACGCACAUACACAUGCAUGUACUCUAUACAAUAGAUCUUGCAUGCACACACACACACACGCAUGUAAUCUAGACAAUAGAUAGAAGACACAAAGGUACAUUAAAGAGCACUCAGAUUCUUGCGUGCGCACAUUCACAGACACACACUCACACACACACACACACACACACACUUUAGGAAUUGCGUUGGAUAGUCCAGCCAUGCUGCCCUGCUUCUCCUGGACACUAGUGAUGUGGACCGUACAGAUGCUGUCCACACACACCGUUGUUUCUCUUCCUCCUCCAGUGAAUGUCUCCAUCCAGUCUUUUAACCUGGAGCACAAACUCACCUGGUUGCCAGGCAACGCAACACCCACAUCCACCCGCUUUAGAGUGCAGAGCCAUCGUGGAAGCGGGUUGUGGCUGGACGUGCCGGGCUGUGUGUCUCUGGGCGAGUCAUGUGACCUGUCGUGUGACCUGACGCUCUUCCUGGAGGACGCGUACGACCCCUAUGUGAUGCGCGUACAGGCCUUUAGCCCCGCCCUCAACGCCACGUCUCCAUGGACACCAUCCCAGACGUUUCAUCCAAUCGCAGAUACUGUGCUGGGCCCCCCUGUGCUGCAGGUGUCUGGCUGUGGUGCUUGUCUCCAGCUGCACAUCAGUCCUCCCACCACUAGAGGGCAGCAGCAAAUGAUCAACUUCCUGUACCACACACUCAGGGUCAACCUCACCCGCACCAGAGACAGAGCACAGUUCAGUUUGAGUGUCCAAUCAGGAGAGAGUAUGAUCGGCUAUCUGGAACCAGAGGCGGAGUACUGUGUGACUGUUGUCGUGGUUACGACUUCUAACCUCAACAUUGUGCCCUCUCAUCCUCACUGCGUGUACACCAGCCCUACAUCUGUAAACACAGUGUUGGUGAUGGUGUGUGUACUGACUGCUCUCAGCCUGAUGGUGGCGCUCUUCUUCUGUGCUGCUCUUCUCUACAGUGGCCUGUUACUGCCCCACCGCAAACCACUCCCCAAAACACUGUCCUCUGUAUCAUCUCUAGCAGGGUCUCCUCCAUGGAUGUCUGCACAGGUCCAUGACCCAGUCCAUCUGAUCACUGACCAGCCAGAGCACACACACACUCUGAUCAGUGACCAGCCAGAACACACACACACUCUGAUCAGUGACCAGCCAGAGCACACACACACUCUGAUCAGUGACCAGCCAGAACACACACACACUCUGAUCAGUGACCACCUGGCAACUGAAGAGGCUACACACACAGCAUCUCCACACACACCUGAAGCCGCACGCUCACACACACACAGGGACAUGCAGGGGAUAUGCGAAAUGCAAGAGGAGUACGGACACUUGAUCUGAACACUCUCACACACACACACAUGCGCACGCACGCACGCACGCACACACACACACACACACACACACAC